AUGAGUGAACCACAAUACAAACUCCAAACCCCGGGCUUCGACGCUAGAUUCCCUCAACAAAACCAGACCAAGCACUGCUACCAAUCCUACCUGGACUACCACAAGUGUGUUGCUCUUAAGGGUGAGGACUUUGGACCAUGCAAAGUGUUCUUGUCCACUUUCCAGUCCCUGUGCCCAACUUCGUGGGUUGAUGAGUGGGAUGAGCAAAGGGCCAACGGUACUUUCCCAGGUGACCUCUCUGUUGACAAGUUCCAGACGAGUUCAGAGCCUCAAUCUGAAUCCCAGGAGUAG